AUGGAGGAACGCGGGUCCCCCGACGGGGACCCCGCGCGGAACCUGGAGCAGGGGCCGGAGGGGCCAGAAACGCCCAUCCAGGUGGUGCUCAGGGUGCGUCCCAUGAGCGCGGCGGAGCUGCGUCGCGGGGAGCAGAGCGUGCUGCACUGCUCAGGGACCCGGACUCUGCAGGUGAGCCCCCCGGGCGGGGGCCCCGACGUGGCGUUCCGCUUCGGCGCAGUGCUGGACGGGGCGCGCACGCAAGAAGACGUGUUCCGGGCCUGCGGCGUGCGGCGCCUGGGCGACCUGGCGCUGCGCGGCUUCUCCUGCACCGUCUUCACCUUCGGCCAGACCGGCUCUGGGAAGACCUACACCCUGACCGGACCUCCUCCCCAGGGGGAGGGCGUGCCCGUACCCCCCAGCCUGGCCGGCAUCAUGCAGAGGACCUUCGCCUGGCUGUUGGACCGCGUGCAGCACCUCGGUGCCCCUGUCACUCUCCAUGCCUCCUAUCUGGAGAUCUACAAUGAGCAGGUUCGAGACUUGCUGAGCCUAGGGGCUCCCCGGCCCCUCCCUGUUCGCUGGAACAAGACGCGGGGCUUCUAUGUGGAGCAUCUGCGGGUGGUGGAGUUUGGGAGUCUGGGGGCCCUGAUGGAACUUCUGCAAAUGGGUCUUAGCCAUAGAAGGAGCUCAGCUCACACCAUGAACAAGGCCUCCAGCCGAAGCCAUGCCCUGCUCACACUAUACAUCAGCCACCAAACUGUGAGUCAGAUGCCUCCUGUGGAUCCCGGGGAACCGCCUGCCGGGGGGAAGCUGUGCUUUGUAGACCUGGCUGGCAGUGAGAAGGUGGCGGCCACAGGAUCCCGUGGGGAGCUGAUGCUUGAGGCCAACAGCAUCAACCGCAGCCUGCUGGCCCUGGGUCACUGCAUCUCCCUGCUGCUGGACCCACAGCGGAAGCAGAGCCACAUCCCCUUCCGGGACAGCAAGCUCACCAAGCUGCUGGCGGACUCGCUGGGGGGGCGUGGGGUGACCCUCAUGGUGGCCUGCGUGUCCCCCUCAGCCCAGUGCCUUCCCGAGACCCUUAGCACCCUGCGAUAUGCAAGCCGAGCUCAGCGGAUCACCACUCGGCCUCAGGCCCCCAAGUCCCCCGUGGCAAAGCCACCCCAGCAUUUGGAGACUGAGCUAUUGCAGCUCCAGGAGGAGAACCAUCGCCUGCGGUCCCAACUGGGCCAAAUGGACCCCAAAGCCUCUGGACUCACUGGGGCCCGGGUGUCCUGGGCUCAGCGGAACCUCUACGGGAUGCUGCAGGAGUUCAUGCUGGAGAACGAGAGGCUCAGGAAAGAAAAGAGGCAGCUGCAGAGCAGCCGGGACCUGGCCCAAGAUGAGCAGCGCAUCCUAGCUCAGCAGGUCCACGAGCUGGAGAGGCGCCUCCUCUCUGCCUGCUACCUUCACCAGCCGGGCCCUGGCCCAGCCCCACCGUGUCCCUGUGUGAUGGUGCCACCUCCUCCCUGCCACGCCCUGCCGCCUCUCUGCCCCUGCCCCUGCUGCCACCUCUGCCCCCUGUGCCGAGCGCCACUGGCCCACUGGGCCUGCCCACGGAGGGAGCUCCACCUGCCCCAGGUGUUUGGCUCUAAGGCCCCAGCUGACAUGCCCCUGUCUGCCCGGCCCCCGCCCUGGGUGCCCCCAUGUAGCCCUGACUCUGCCAAGUGUUCAAGAGAGAGGAGUCACAGCGACUGGAUUCAGACCCAGGUCCUGGCAGAAAUGCUGACCAAGGAGGAAGUGGUACCCUCUGCACCUCCCCUGCCCAUGGGGCCCCUGAACACAUCGCCAGUGCUUAGAGGUGGGGCUGCAGUUCCAAACCUGGCCCGGAGACUGGAGGCCCUCAAAGACCAAAUCGGCAGCUCCCUUCGACGUGGCCGGAGCCAGCCACCCCCCAGUGAAGGCACAUGAAGCCCCAGCCGGGUCCUCCCUUCCUGCUGCGGGCAAAGUGGAAUGACCCAGCGGGAAGGGCCAGGGGCUGCCCGUCUCUUCAUCCCACCUGGGACAGGUGAGGAGUUUCUGGGGAAGCCUUUGUGGGGCCUGAACCUAGCGCCCGGCUGCACUAGGACCGGGUUGCAUUUGGGCAGCAGCUGCUCUGAAGCAGCCACCCUGGCCCCUCGGGACCCUGACCCCGGCCUGGACCACUACAAGGGAUCGAUUGGCCCUGGCCUUGGGGCCCUGAUUGGUCCCGGCUGA